AUGGGAUCCUAUAGUCAACAUCAUCAUCAUCAUCACCACCACCAUCAUCACCGAAAGGCGAUCGCGGGUAGUUCGUGUAGCCCACGUCAUUUGGUUUCACCGGUGACCGGAGGCACAACCAACGGUAUCUCGUCGCACAACACCCUUAGCGCUUAUGAUGCACUGAACGACGAUGCCUGGGACACGGAUGGUGUAGUUCCCUUUGAGGAUGCCCUGGUUAACUUGUGCCCACAACAGUCCACCGCCACAAUUGACUCGAACUCAAUCGCGCCUGCUCCGCCCCCAUCCAUAGGCUAUGAUGCGGACACCAGUUCUCGGUUUCACGCUCCCAGUUCGGACACCGAUCUCAAAUGGAACGAGAACAUGCACGUUGGAGUCAAAAGUAUGCUUUCGAAGAUAGCCUUAGAUGAAAAGGUGGAUUGGGCUCGUCAGGCUCCGUCAAUCAAUCCAGAAUUUGGUGAAUUUGGGGUGCCGAUCGAUGUUCCAUCGUUUUGUCCGAGUCAACGUACCGAAAGUUCCGGACCAAGUUCAACGGAUGCAGAUAGUUUUGUCCUCACCCCGGGACUAGAUUUGGGAACUCAACCCCCGAUCGGAGCUUCUGCCACCUGUGCAUCCGGUCGUUUCGCUUGGACUACUGCUGUCUCACUGGAUGAAGAUGAUUUGACGGAGCUGUCCUGCCCAAACGAAUUGAAUACAAUGAUCACAUAUCCCCGUUCCUACUCGAUAACCCCAUUGUCCGACCAUGACUCCUAUUUGCUUCCACAAGCUGAGAUAUAUCCGGUUCCACCCGGGUAUUGCAUGUUGAAAAAGUCAGAGUGCCUGGUGGAUACUUUCCCAGAUGACGGCGUUUUGCGUAAACGAAGACGCUAUGCCGUGCACUCACAUGAAAAUGCGAAUUUUCCGUGUCACAGCACAUCGACAUUCGCACCAUGUCUUGCGACUGAGUUACCUCAGACUCGGAUCGUCCAUUCGAAUAAUGUCUCUAGUCCUCUGACUCCAAUUGGUUCCCCUGAAUUCGAUCUUCCUACUACGAUCACUUCAAACGGACAGGAAUCCUUCACAGAACUUACUCUAACCGAUUCCAUCUUCAGUCAACAGUUUUCUCGGCAUUCCAGUCGCUUGCCUACCCUUCGUCGUCUGCUGGACACCCAAAUGCCCGAUGCUUCUUCGACUGCACACAUAAUGCACACAUAA